AAAGUUUCAUUCCAUUGAUUAAGUUUGGUACCACCAUUACCAUCACUCCAAAGCCCAAAGAAAAAGCUGCAAAAACAUCUCUCUGUGUGCCCAUACAUCACCAUCAUCAUUAUAAUACUCUUUUGGGUCUAAAUCUUUUCCUGUUUACCACCAUAAAAAGUUGCAAGCUCUGUUGAAAACACAUAUAAUCUCUGUCUUGUUGUCUUCUGAAAACAGCUUGGUUCUUGGCUUUAAUGCUUUAUAUGCGACCUUUUAUAUCUAGACUUGCAUGUUACCUUUUCUGGGUUCUCUUUGUGUGGGGAAUGAUUUCUGUUUCCCUUCUCGUAUAAUCUUAGCUGGUUAGUAACUAUUGUGAUAGGUGCCCUCUAUUUUCUUUCCAUGUGGCUCCUUUCUUGUUCUGGUUCCUUGUCUUUGUCAGACUUGUAAUGAGUUUUGAUGCAGGUGGUUCAACUGCUUGAGUUAUUGUUAAACAGAUCUUCUUAGUCCCUGGUUAGGCUUUUUAGCUGCUUUUCUCUAUCUCUAUCUUUUGUUUUUGCAUGUGGUUAUUCCCUUCUUGUUUCGUAAGUUUUAGCCCUCUCAAGUCUUGUUCGUUCAUAAAAUUACUUGUUGAUCUUGUUCUAUUGCCUUUAGUUCAGCAGAUUCUGUCCUGUGCUUCCAGUCUUGAGCUGGGUUUUUCCUUUCUGCCUUUGAAGUACUUUUCCUGCUUUACUACUCUCCUCAGUUGCUCACAGUGUGAUAGAUGUUUAGCUGACAAGACAGCUUGUUGCCAUUUUAAGCUGCCUUGAAUUCUGUUUCAUAAGGACACUGAUCAACUUGCAUAAAAUUUUUGUCUUUCCACAAUAAUCUUAUCAACCUUGCAUUCGUGACUUGAUUGUGGUUCUCUAAUUGUCAAUAUGCCUCCUACAUAUUUUCCUCUUCGAUGGGAGAGUACAGGAGACCAGUGGUGGUUUGCCUCUCCCAUUGAUUGGGCAGCUGCUAAUGGUCACUAUGACUUGGUAAGAGAGCUCCUUCGAAUUGAUAACAAUCACCUCAUCAACCUUACGUCUCUCAGGCGGAUUCGCCGCCUUGAGUCUGUGUGGGAUGAUGAGGAACAGUUUGAUGAUGUUGCUAAAUGUCGCUCUCAAGUUGCAAGAAAACUUUUCCACGAGUGUGAAUCCAAGAAGGGGAAGAACUCUCUCAUCCAAGCUGGCUAUGGUGGAUGGCUUAUGUACACAGCUGCCUCGGCUGGAGACUUAAGUUUUGUUCAAGAACUUCUUGAAAGGAACCCUUUACUUGUUUUUGGUGAGGGAGAGUAUGGAGUUACUGAUACACUCUAUGCUGCUGCCAGGAGUAAGAACUCUGAGGUUUUUAGGCUUAUUUAUGAUUUUGCUAUCUCUCCAAGGUUUUUGACAGCUAAAGGAGAAUUUGAGGAGCACAUAGGAGAAAUUCCGUCUCUUUACAAGUGGGAGAUGAUGAACAGGGCUAUUCAUGCCGCUGCUAGAGGAGGGAGUUUGACCAUUUUGAAGGAGCUCCUAAGUAAUUGCACUGAUGUUCUGGCCUACAGAGAUAAGCAGGGCGCAACGAUCUUACAUGCUGCUGCCGCCAGAGGGCAGGUUGAGGUAGUUAAAGAUCUUAUAGCAUCCUUUGAAAUCAUGAACUCCACAGACAAUCUGGGGAACACAGCAUUGCACAUUGCUGCUUACAGGGGCCAAUCAUCAGUUGUUGAAGCUUUGAUUGUUGCAUCCCCCUUAUUGACCUCUUCAAUAAACAUUGCUGGAGAAACUUUUCUCCACAUGGCAGUGUCUGGCUUCCAGAAUCCUGCUUUUAGAAGAUUGGAUAGGCAGAUUGAGCUGAUGAAGCAGUUGAUGAGUGGUAAAGUUUUCAAAAUGGAAGAUAUCAUAAAUGCUAAAAACAAUGAGGGAAGGACUACUCUUCACAUGGCCAUUAUUGGGAAUGUUCACUCUGAUCUAACAAAGCUCCUGAUGUCUGCAAGAUCUAUAAAUGUCAAUGUUCGUGAUGCAGAUGGCAUGACCCCACUUGAUCUCCUUAGGCAACGGCCACAUUCUGCAUCAUCAGAUAUACUAAUGAGGCAACUCAUUUCAGCAGGCGGAAUAUUUGGUUGUCAGGAUUAUACUACAAGAAGAGCCAUUGCUUCUCGCUUAAAGAUGCAAGGCAAUGGAGGCAGUCCAGGAUCUUCAUUUAGAAUCUCUGACAAUGAAAUAUUUUUGUACACGGGCAUUGAAAUUGCCUCUGAUGCCUACGCUGAUCCAGCCACAGCAGGAGUGAGUCCAUCCUCAUCUGAGUUGAGUCACCCUGACCAAACCAAUGACAACCAGGGCUCAGCACUUCAUAAGAGAAGAGAUUCUUUCAAUUAUGCAGCUCAGCAAUUGAAAAGGGUUCUCCAAUGGCCCCGGCUGAAGGAUAAAAAGCCAGAAAAAUUAAGGAAAUCAAUCGAUCAGGGUUCGGUGGCUUCAGGCAAGAAAUGCAGUGGUUCAGAGGAAACUCCAACCCCACUUCGUCAGCGAUUUUCAAAUGCUUCAUCCAUUCCAAACAACAAGAGGACGCUUUCUGUCAGGAGUAAUCACUCUAGUCCAACAGCCAAGAAGAAGUUAGCCUCAGGGAUGAUGCAUGGUGUUAUGCAGGGCUUGCCACAAAUACCUAUCCCAGGUCGAUCACGCUCAAGUUCAUUUUCAAAAUCAUCCAUUUCUUCUCCUAGUUCAUUAGACAAACAGAAAGGUGUGUUUAUUGAAAGUGAUGUCGCUGGGCCAUCUACUUCCAAUAGAUUAUUCGACGAUGGAACGCCAAAUGUGAAAGAGAAAGAAGGCUCGACCAGUAAGAAGUUGAGGAGCCAGUAUUUUUGUUUUGGUGCUGCAAGUCUGUCCGUGAAAACACCAGUGAGCAGGCACCGCAGCCAGGGUUCCAAUCCCUCUGUUCUUUCAGUGGCUUGAUUAAAUCAGGUAGUUCAGUUGUUAAACAAUGUAAGGAGACAGCUGACCAGAUUGAUGCAAGCACAAAAUCAACUAACAAGGAAGAAGAUUAGCAAGUCCUCUAGUUGGUCCAGUUUGCCUUUCAUCGUAGAAUGUUUCCUUGUUUGUUAAGAGUAGGUUAUGUAAAAAUGUACUUGAAAAGAACUGUCCCUUUGAACUACAUCUCGUGUUCUAUCCGCAGAAAAUUAGUGAUCAAGACAUCUGACUCCUUUGAGAA